GCCAGCCUAGGCUGAGGUGGCAAGCUCAAGUAGCUUGGACUCCCCGCAGCUCCUAGCUGGCUACCCGGGUUGCGCGGAGCCUCUCCAGGUUCCAGCAGCUGCAACCCCGGGUCGCACGCCGGCCGCGCCCCGCCCCAUCGUCCCCGCAGCCUCGCGGGCUGCUGGGCUUUGUGGUUCGCUGGUGCGGCUGGGCCCCUGCUGGGGGUGUCGUCAGGAGCAUGUGCAGACAGCAGCCCAAGCCUUCAGGAUAAUUCCUUCGGCAGCGCCGCUGUAACUGAGUGUGAGGAAGAGACGGUCUCUCUACAUGAAGACGAGGAUGACUGCUCUGGGCUCAGAGAUGAAAACAAUAAAGAGAACUACCCACAGGUGGGGGCUCCAAUAGGCGAGCUUGCUCCGCCCUUGCACGAGGCCCAGCAGCAUGUAGAACAGACCCUGCUGGUGGAUGGAGUGCUGAGACCCAGCAUGGGUAACUUCAAGUCCCGGAAACCCAAGUCCAUCCUCCGAACCGAGAGUGGCCGGAACCACGGAGAAAGCCAGGAGACAGAGCAUGUGGUGCCCAGCCAGUCAGAGUGCCAGGGUAGAGCGGGGACACCGGCUCAUGAGAAUCCACAAAAUAGCAUCCUCAGGUGCCAGGAGACGGUGCGACUUCAGCCAAGAGUAGACCAGAGGGCUGCCAUUUGGCCAAAGGAUGCUUUUGGAACUCAGCAGGACUUCCAUGAGAAUUCCUUGCUGAAGCUCCAAGCCCUCGAAUCUGAUCUGUGCUCUGCGUUUCUGGCGAGCCAGGAAGAAGAUGGCCAGGUGCAUGGAGUUAAGGACCCAUCCCCAGCUUCCACCCAGAGUGUGCCUGCUGACAACGUGGAUUCUGCAGACCCUGUGCCAACUCAUAAAGAUGCGCAGAGUGACACCGAUGGAACACCAGAAGACCUCCAGUCUGCAGGCACCAGCAGGCUGCUCUAUCACAUCACUGAUGGUGAUAAUCCAUUGCUGUCACCACGAUGCUCCAUCUUUAGCCAAAGUCAGAGGUUCAACUUGGACCCUGAGUCAGCCCCAUCUCCACCCAGCAGCCAGCAGUUUAUGAUGCCAAGAAGCUCUUCUCGAUGCAGUGGUGGGGAUGGUAAGGAGCCCCAGACCAUCACACAGCUCACUAAGCACAUCCAGAGCCUCAAGAGGAAGAUUCGGAAGUUUGAAGAAAAAUUUGAACAAGAAAAGAAAUAUCGGCCUUCACACGGGGACAAGACUUCGAACCCCGAGGUUCUGAAAUGGAUGAAUGAUUUGGCUAAAGGACGCAAACAGCUCAAAGAACUAAAGCUGAAGCUGUCGGAAGAGCAAGGGAGUACUCCCAAAGGCUCUGGGAGAAACCCGUCCUGUGAACAGCCUCCAGGGCCCAGAGAAAACGGCAAGUUGGAAGCUGUGGGGCCCGAGCCAAGCUCCUCUGGAGAGGAGACUUUAGACGCUGUGAUGAUGGAGAGGAGAGAGCAGGUUCCUCCCCAGGACGAUGUGAAGGUAACUAAGCAAGACAAGAACCUCAUAAAGCCUCUGUAUGACCGAUGCAGAAUUAUCAAGCAGAUCUUGUCCACACCGUCCCUGAUCCCAACAAUUCAGGAGGAAGAGGACUCUGAUGAAGAUGGUCCACAGAGAAGCCAGCAACCUUCUUUACCAGAUCCAGUGUCCCGUCUUCCUGUUGGUGAUCACCUCACCUACUCUGAGACAGAGCCUAUGAGGACCCUGCUACCAGAUGAAAAGAAAGAAGGGAAACAACCAGCUCUCUCCAUGUCCAACUUACACGAGGCCACUAUGCCAGUCCUUCUUGACCAUCUCCGAGAAACGAGGGCUGACAAGAAGAGGCUCCGGAAAGCCCUGAGAGAAUUUGAAGAACAAUUUUUUAAACAGACGGGAAGAAGUCCCCAGAAGGAAGACAGGAUGCCAAUGGCAGACGAGUACUAUGAAUACAAGCACAUAAAAGCCAAACUGAGACUAUUAGAGGUCCUCAUCAGCAAGCAGGAUGUGGCCAAAACUAUUUGAGGUUUGGCUCUGAUCACUUCCACCCAAGAUAAAGUCAAGUUUAUUUUCCUCUACUGUUCUUGCUAAGUAGUUUUGAUGUACUGAAAACGAAGCACUUUAGAGAUAGUAUUAGCUGUUUUUACAAAGGAAGAGAUAGUGUAGUUAUAUACGAGAAGGGAUUUAAAUAGGGAAAUAACAGGUAAUAUUGGGGUCAGCAAAAACAUUCAGCCUACUCCACACCAAACUGAAAUCCAUAGUCAAAUGUAAUUGUUAAAAAAACAAAAAAACCCCAAAACACUGAUACCUUGUCAAACCUACAGUAACACAUAGGCAGACUACCUGCUAGGAAAGGUUUUUAGUGCCCAAAGAUCGACUUCAUUGAUGUAUGGAAAAGAGCAAGGUUUGAGUUACUUGUGAGACAAGGGGAGCUUCUGCUCUUCAUCCAGUGAGGAAAACAGCUGGUAAGAAGGUAGUUUAAAGGAGACAACAUCCACUGCCUGGUCCUGUAAGUCUGUAGGCAUUCUAAACACCCGAAAAUACACUCAACUGUGUCACUGAUUACUUAUUUCUACAUGAAAAUAGUGCAUUAUUUUAUCUGUUAUUUGAAAAUUUACAUUUCUGGUUACCAAAGUUAAUUUGGAUAGCAUGUACUUUGUGAAUUAUCUUUGUCUAUAACUGACAAAUGUUUAUAUUAAAAUAAAAUAUUAAAAAUUUAAAAUAGGUAUUUUGGAUAGGUGUGUCUGCAGUAUAAUAACCUAAUGUGACCGUAGUAUUAUUGCUAAUUUUCUUGUUUCCUACUCUAAGAUGAUACAACUAUUUUCCCAUUGGAUAUCUGCAUCUUUCGUAAUAUUCCAAGGUCGGUCUUUAUAAAGUGAAACAGCUUUCUUGAGUUGCAUUCAUCUGCGCAGGGUAAAAAGCUUGGAAAUCACCAAUACACCUUUUAUUUACUUUAUUUAGUGUAUCUUGCUUUUUCUCCAUUCAUUUAAAACACAUUUAUUGGUUUUGGUUUUUGUAAAAUCAAGUAACAGACAUUUUCUCAUUUUCAACUUUGUUUCUAUUUAUGUUUUCUGUAAUUUUUAAGCAUGGUGUUGAAGAAACUCAAAUUUUCAUAUUGCUUGGGCAGAAAAAAAUACUGAUUCCAAAAGCGGACUAUAUUAGAGGCAUAUUGUUUUCUCUGUAUUCACCUGAUGUUUUAAAUCUUUUAUGAAUCAGAAUGGCCUUCAUAAAUUCGUUUAAUUGAAGUCAUCUACUUGUAACAGGACAGAUACACAACUAUUUAAGGUUUACAAAUUACAUCUUUGAUAAGGGAAAUGGUUUCGUGAGAUGUAUACAAUUGCUAUUAAAAUGUAACUAUAUUCUAUAUGAUUGUAAAUAUUUUAUACAACAUACAAAUAAAAUAUUUUUCUAUUACA